AUGGUGAGCGUGAAAAAGUUCCGAAUGGUUUUCCGGAAGAAGGAACAAUCCAGCGCAACCACUUCGACGCCGUCUCCGCCAUGGACAGAUCUGCCACUGGACAUAACGGCGAACAUACUGGGGAGCCUGGAAAGUGAGGAAUACGAUGCCGAAAUUAUGUGUAAGCACGCCGUGGAUCGUAGCCAGGGGCAAUUGGUUGAUAUUGAGCUUGGAUAUUUCCCUACUGAUGAUCUGCUUGGCUAUAUCGCUGAGAGAUCAGAGGAUGGUUUGGUUGAAGCUCUCAAAAGGCUUCCUUUGUUGGAGGAGCUGCACAUUUUUCUUACUGAAGUUCCUUGUGAAUAUAUCGAACUAAUUGGCCGUUGCUGUCCAUCUGUGAAAUCUGUUUCCUUUGGACGAACUGUACCUUGCUCUAGAGAUCCAAAUAUGGGGGUUUGGGAUGACAACGAGGCGCUUGCUAUUGCAAGAACCAUGCCUGGAUUGCGACAUCUUUGUCUUUUUGGAAUUAAGAUGACAAAUUUGGGCCUGCAAGCUAUCCUUGAUGGUUGUACUGACCUGGAAUCACUAGACAUCCGGAAGUGUCUUGGAAUUAACCUUGGUUGCGAUUUACGCAAGAGAUGUCGUCAACAGCUUAAAUCUCUCAGGCAUCCCAAUGACUCCACCGCGGAUUAUCAUUAUGAUGAGGACUUCAAUGACACUGAUUCAUGUGAUGGCUAUCCUAAUAUCUAUCGCUCAUGCUGUGGGAAGUCGAUUUCAUGGAAGGUAUUCACUAUUAGAAGAAUGAGUUCAGCAUGUCGAUUUCACCAAUUUGGCAAAGGGUUGUUAACCUUCCUCUUUCUUUUCUGA